AUGUUUCGACUGACCUCUCAGGCUCAUCGAGCCAAGCUUAUGGGACCUGCGUCAAUUCUCCGUCGGCACGCAAGCUCGUCCAGUCGAUCGUUUCAGCGAGAUUUGUACAUCUUUUUGGCGUUGGCCACAGCCACUGGAGGGGCAUACUACUAUCAAUCAGCAGGCGAAGGCGAAGGUGGACUUUUGGAUGACGAUGGACACUUCAAGUCGUUUGGCUCAGGCUCCAACGUCACUUUCAAAAGUGGUGGCCAGACCUAUACGUUUCCUCGCAAAUCCGAAGCUGAGAUUGAGAAGAUGUUACACGCUAAUGAGGACGGGCAGCGGAUCGGGCGACCUGGAAAUCCCGUUGUACGAUGGGAUAGGAAUUGGCUAGGAAGUAAUGAGCCGCCCGAGGAUAGGUCUGCGGUGGACUUGGUGCCUCGAAUCCGCGGAAGCUCCGAGGUUCGACCAUGGUGGAAGAUUUGGGAAUCAGAUACUCCGACACGACCUAGGAUAGAGGGAGACAGAGACUUGACGUUCUUCUCCAUAUUCGAUGGACAUGCCGGAUCUGCCACCAGUGAAUUGCUGUCGAAGACGCUCAAUCCAACGCUGGCUCUGGCUUUAGCUGGUCUACAGGUUGGUCAGACCGGAUGGAUGGACCGUGGAUUGAAAGGCUUAUGGACUGGGGCCAAGGGCUGGACUCCAACUGGUGUGACGGAGGCGCUGCAGAAAGCAUUUUUGACCCUGGAUUACAACCUGUGCUUUGCCCCUCUGGCCCUUCUGCCAGGGAUGAGCCGACAGGCAGUGAACUCGGAAGGCAGCGCCAAUGGCACACCAGCUCAGACGUUUGUGGCACUAUCUCAGCCCGGGAUGCACGGAGCCUGCGCAGUGUCGACUAUUGUCGAUGCGGAGCAUGAUGACCUCUACGUGGCAAUCACAGGUGACUGUCGGGCGGUGGCAGGUUGGCAGUCAAAGGACGGCACAUGGAGGUGCGAUGUUUUGACGGAGGAUCAAAUGGGAGAGAACCCGAGAGAAGUCGCUAGAAUGAGGUCUGAGCAUCCCGCCUCGGAAUCGGAGACCGUCAUUCGUCGAGGCAGGAUUCAGGGAGGUCUUCAACCUACCAGAGCGUUCGGAGAUGCGAACUACAAAUGGACGGCAGCACAGCACGCCGCGGUGUCCGAAAUCUACAAGCAGGAGGGAGUCAAGAGCCGGCGGCAGGCUCCCAAUCAUUACACGCCUCCUUAUGUAACCGCAAGACCGGAAGUAUCGCAUCGAAAACUGUCGAAUAGCGACGAGAAGCUGCGGUUCGUCAUCAUGGCUACGGACGGAUUAUGGGACCGAAUAACGUCAGAAGAGGCUACGCUUCUGGUCGCAUCUCACAUCGCUCAUCGGACACACCCCGACAUUCCUGCGGAUCAACUACCGAAGAUCUUCUCGCUCGCCGAUCCUCCAGCUGAACGACUUUACCCUGCGCAAGAUCUGCCCGGUACACCAAGCAGAUGGGCGAAAAGCUGGGUGUAUGCUGGAGAUAAGAAUGCAGCGACGCACUUGAUCCGAAACAGUAUGGGUGGCGGUGACAAGCAGCUGAGAUCGGAGUUGCUGAGUGUCAAUGGCGAUAUCGCUAGGUCACUAAGGGAUGAUGUGACCGUAACCGUGAUAUUCUUUGACGAUGGCCUCGAUGCCCGUUCACUUUCAAGCUGA